AUGGCUUUGACGGCCAAAGCUAAUAGGAACCUUAGGCCUCUGUCGUUAUUCUUUCUAGCUACUGCUCUAUUCUUCUUGUGCAAGCUUUCGGAGGCCGCCAUUCAUGGUGAAGCAGCAGUGCCUGGCUCAAACGUGCCAGGAGCAAAUUUCACUGAAAUUGACAUUUACCAAUCAAGCAGCUUCGUGCAAUUCGCUAAAAAGGGCACAGAUUAUUCAUGCCGUAAAGGUGUUCCGUGUAAGAACAAUGCAUGCUGUGGCUCGUUUAUGGGAACCAACACCGGGAUAUGUGGAUUUGGAGACGCAUUCUGUGGUGGUGACUGUGACUCUAAGUGCGAUGCAAAGGCUGAAUGUGGGAAAUACGCCGAUCCCCCUGGGAAGGAAUGUCCCCUCAAGGUCUGCUGUAGCAAGUAUGGCUUUUGCGGUAGCUCAGCUGAAUUUUGUGGCACCGGAUGUCAGUCUAAUUGUAUUGAGAAGCCUCCUCUCCCACCCGGUGGAAGCGCAAUGAGCGUUCUCGGUAAUAAAAUUAUUGGCUACUAUGAGGCUUGGGCAGACAGAAGGACAUGCAGGGAAUUCCCACCAUCUUCAAUUCCAGUGCAGGGUUUAACACACGUUAAUUUUGCAUUUGCAUAUGUUGAUCCAGAUUCACUUACCAUCACGGCAAUGGACUCUUCUACUCCGGCAUCCUUAUUCUCACAAGUUACGGACAUCAAGAAUAUGAAGUCACGCAGCUCAACUCUAGAGGUAUAUAUCUCAUUGGGUGGCUGGACGUUUUCAGAUAAUGGAACAUCUACUCAGUCUGUUUUCCCCUCUAUUGCUGCCGACCCUGAGAAGCGUCAAAAAUUUGCGGAUAAUUUAGUUACAUUCAUGAGACACUAUGGUUUUGAUGGUGUUGAUCUCGAUUGGGAGUACCCAGGUGCCCCAGAUCGUGGCGGAAACGGCAAAGAGGAUAUUCCAAAUUAUGUUGCCCUUCUCAAAACUCUUCGACAAACAUUUAAAGCCUCUGCUCGUGGGAACUACGGCCUAUCAUUUACAAUCCCCACUUCAUACUGGUACCUUAAAUGGUUUGAUGUUCCAGGCCUACUUCAGUAUGCAGAUUGGGUAAAUCUUAUGACUUAUGACCUUCAUGGAGUUUGGGACCAACAUAACCCAAUUGGGAACAUCGUUCAGGGCCACACUAACUUAACCGAAAUCCAAGCGGCAUUUGAUCUCCUUUGGAGAAAUAAUGUACCUCCCGGAAAAGUGGUAAUGGGAGUUGGUUUCUAUGGUCGUUCAUUCCAGCUAAAGGAUAGGACAUGCGCACACCCAGGCUGUGAAUUUAGCGGUCCGGCGAACGCAGGGAGUUGCACCAAGUCAGCGGGGACCCUAGCAUAUUUUGAGAUUAUGGACAUUAUUAAGAACGAAAAGCCCGAGGUUGUCCAUGAUGCUGAAGCCGCCGUUAACUACUUUGCGUAUGGAGACCAAAAGGACCAGUGGAUUAGCUAUGAUGAUUCUAAAACAUUACAGCAAAAGGUCAAGUGGGCGGAUAGCAAGGGACUCGGAGGUGUACUAGUUUGGAGUGUCGACCAGGACGACAAUUCUUUUUCAGCCCUUGAGGGUUUAAUAGGGGAACCCUUGCCGGCUUUCAGUGAAAAGUUGAAACGCCACACGAUUGACGAUGCGGGCCACUGGAGCUCGACAAAUGGCCAGGCCUGCCGCGUGAGCGAGUGUGUCAAGGUCGACACUGACCCUCCAAGUGGUUAUACUGUUGCCCCCAACGGCAAAUUUCCAGACACAUGUUCCGGCGGUGAGUAUAAAUAUGUUUGGUGCCCGACUCAUUCUAUGCCAGACUCAUGUGAGUGGCGCGGCUCCGGAUCAUGCCAUGGUCAAUGCCAUCCAGGUGAAGUGACUCUUGCACACUCUCCGCACGGCAGUUUAAGCUGCUUAAGGCCAGGUCAACAAGCAUUCUGUUGUGUGAGCAGUACUUGGGCGAAACAUGUGGAGAAGUGUCGUUGGGGGGAGCCGCACAAAGACUGUCCUAGCGAUGUCCCUUACGCAUUGUCCACGAAAAACAGCUUCCCCAAGUAUACUCAAGAACAUUUCUGCUGCCCAUUCAAAUUUGAAAAUUGUCACUGGGUUGGGAAAGGCACUUGCGAUGACAAUGAAUGUUCGUCGACAGAUGUACAAGUGGCAUUGGACCCUGUCGGUGAUGGUUCUGCAGAGUGUUUCAGUUCCGACCGCCGAAAGCCCCUUUGCUGCAACCCUCCAGCCAAUGUGAACCCUUUCCUACCUGUUCCCCUGGAAGAUUUGUUUCCAACUCUCCCACCGUUGACAAACAUACCUGCAUUUGACCUGCAGCCGAUCUCUUAUGUUAGUAGCCUUGCAACCGACAAAAAUGAUCCAUCAACAUUCUUCCUUGUGGUGAUUGAUGGGCCACCCGGGACGGUCAGCAACGCCAAUAAAAGAGAUGGUUCAGACCUUGAAUUUGUUAGUGGUGCUGUUCACCACGGCCAAUCCCCUCAGACUGCCCAUUUUGUCUGUAUGAACAAUUCCUCAAAGAGCAACUGCAACGACAUGCACUCGGAUGGCCUAGAAGGCACAAUUCUUCGUAUGCCUGAUGGGAUGGGUUUUGCUAAAUAUGCUGUUGCACACUCGGUCAAGGAAUCAAACUUCUCAGUUCCACGGUAUCUCGCUAAGCGGGCACCAAUUGAUGCAAAGGUCUUCGAACUAGAGUAUAGUUACAACUUCUCCAAGGCCAAACGAGGCGAUGAACCGAUUUAUUUUCGCGUUGACUACUCGGAUACUGAUAACUACUAUACAGAAGUUGUGAAAGGCCACCAUCAGAAGCGAAAUUUAGGGCGCAGGUUCUGGAGCUCUUCUAAGUCCGUCUGGAAAAACCUCUUCAAGCGUUUACGUGGGCAAGUCUACAAUGCUUUGACUCAGCCUUCACUAAGCUAUGAGAACUUCAAUACCUUGAUAUAUGGAAAUGAUGGCAAGAAAAAGGGCUGCAAGGGCGCAGACGGGUUCUUGAAGCUCAAUCUCUCUGGGUCUAUGCGCAAUGUUAUGCAGUUUGGAUUCACUAUCAUCGGAACCAUGCAUCCAUUUGCGAUAGAUGAAGCAUACGGAUUCUAUGAUUCGAGCCUCCAUAUGUCAGGAAAGCUUGAAUUUGAUGGAAAGGGUGAAUUAUCGAUCAACGAGGGGGUUGGUGUCUCCCGGAAGUUGCUCAGAAGCUCCAUCACAAAAUAUGAAGCCUCACAUCCCGGUCUAGUAUCAUUUUCACCAAGCAUGAAUGCGGACAUUUCUCUUGUUGGAUCAGGAUACAUGGAUGGGAGGUUUACCGCUAACUUUGAAGUGGACUGGGGCCUCGGAACACAUGCUCCUCCAGAUAUGGGUAAAUUUUAUGGUUAUUCCAUUUCCCCCAAACCUAGCAACCCUUCAGGGUAUAUCUCUGUUAAGGAAGCUACAUACAAUGAUCUGUUUUCUAUGAAUAUCAACCUUGAGACGACAAUGGAAUUGAAUCUAUUCGACUACAAAACUUCAGAGCAGAAUGCAAAAGCACUUUUUACGGCACGAGUGCCGCAUGCAAUUCGUGUUGUUGGAAAUGUAGGUUCUGGAAAUCCAGCAGUCAUUAACUCCCCUCAACAAGCAACCUCCGAAGUUAUCCAGACCGGCAUCCAGAGUGGCUGGGACGAUGGCACUACCCAUUUGCUUGGUCAUCGAUAUGACUCCUAUGUUCUAUUUUCAGGGGGGGAAGCACCAGUUGGUGCUAGAGAGACCCCUGAAAUCAACGGCUACGCUCUUUUCGGUGAUAAGGAUUUUAUGUCAUGCUCGGAGCCUGCAGACAACCUUACUUGUACUUUCAGCCUCGCAGAAAACGAUCCAAGCUACUCCCAGCCAAGCUUGGAAAAUCAACUAGAGUUUGAGCUCAAGCAAAGUUUCCUGGAAUCUCUAUCAGACAAAGAGCGUGCACUAUAUAACGACACUUUAUCCAAAAGAGCUGGCCCGUCAAGUGGCCAUGCCAACACCUACGCUAUCUACGACUGGCCAGAUACCGGCAAUAACUAUGCCUUUAACUUUGAAACACCGACUUAUCCGAACGGCGGAAAUGGCGCAGCGCUUGAUGCUGAGACUGGACGAAAUGAGCGGUAUUCUCUAGCCAAUCCUACUGAUUGCGUUGACACCAGUAUCACCGCUAAUGGUGUGCUUGGAACGAACUACAUGACUGUUGAAACUGAACACCCGUUUGAUCGAACUAUCUUCCCGACCCACUUUGCUAACUUUAUCCAACGUGGUGUCCUCGACCUUGACGACCGAUUUGGGACGCGCGCCUUCACGACCAAUCUUCCUACGUGGGAGUGGGAGCAACUCUACGACACCUUUGCUCAUGAUUAUCGUAUCUGGGUUCCCCGAGGCCGUGGGAUAAAUAUACCUCCCGGAACUCCCUCUGCUGAUGUUGCAAACGCCCUGGGCUCUACUAGCAAUCCGGGUGUGCUGUCGAACCUUGAAAGAGAUUUAAAUGCAAGUUGUCCGCCUUUGCUUCUUAGUGUGCAGCGAGCUAAUGUAUUAGUGUGGAAAUUACAGAAUUUAAAGGGACGGGUGUACACGACAUCGGGGGACCCAACAUCUGACGACGUCUGGGAUGGAUGGAUGACCGCAACAGCUACAAAUGCUAAUAUAGCACUCUCAUCUCUUCGAGCUAUUUUUGCCGUUUUUAACUAUAUGAAUGCUAUUAGUAGCGAUCGAGCAGCGGUACUCGAAGAUAUUACUGCGACGUUGGAACAAUUCGACGAAAUUUAUGGCCAGGUUUAUCCUACUCGUCCUGAGCGGCUAGCCCCCCUCUGGGCUGAAUUUCAGACGCAGUGGAAUAUUCGCGUUGUCUACCAUGCCACGAGCUAUCUCACAAGGCGUUUAGACUCCCUGUAUAACCUUUGGAAUCCCCUUACAAUGACUGUCAACCCCCUGCGUACGGCGGCGGUAUUAAUAGUCACGAAAAUCAGAACAUUGAGGGCAAAGAUACCCACCGAAAUUAGGCUUUAA